AUGACUACACACCUCAUCUCCACCGAGCUGUCUCUCCUUGAUAGACCGACCCAGCCAACAACGGCAAUCACGAUAAACGGGCUUGUAACCUGUGAGGACUCCUCAACCCACCCAACCGAGGAAGAUAUGGAGUGCAGAAGGCUCGAAAGCCUUCCUGACUGCUCAAUUCAGCGAGGUGAAGAAGAGGUGAGGCUCGAGAGGCUCAACCUUUCAGACGCUUCCCAAGAUUUAAGGAGAUUUGCUGCCAAAAAAGUCAGAAACAAGUCAAACUGCUUUAUGUUAGGGCGAGAGAAUUGUACUUUGAAACUGGCAGAGAGAAAGAAGUCGGUCAAGAAUAGAAGUUUUGCGGCGUACACAAACUAUCAAAAGAAACUUAGAGUACACCUUUACAAAAGGGAAACAUUGAUGGACAUGUUGGGGCCGUUGGGGAUGACAAUGGAUUGGGAGGAGAGAAACAAAUUCUUCAAGGGGGAAAAUGAGCAAUUGAGAGCUCUGAGGAAAGAAUCAGGCGAGGAGUUGCUCAAUGCAUGGCACGCAGUACAAGAUAGUGCGCAAGAACUGAGAGAGGAAACGCGUGAGAGGUUAUUAAAAUUAAUGGAUGGUGAAGGAGAAAUAGCAACAGGUUUAAAGAAAAGGUUGGAUGAGAUAGACGAGUGGGAAACUCAGGAAGAAAAGGAAUAUAAAACAGCGAUGAUGAAGUUACAUAAGGAGUGGGAGGCAUCAAAGAAAGCCAUGAGGUUCAAGGGAGAGUUGCUUGAAAUUUCUCACCCUGUCCUCAACGUUGCAAAGAAUCUUCUUCCUAGAAGUUGUUCUUUGCGGGCACGAAUUAUCGAGGGGAACCAGGUAACUGAAAAAAAGUGA